GGUUCUACAACUUUGGAUCAUCACUCAUCCUGCAGUUCGAUGGCGUCAUAAAGUCAUGCGUUCAUUCACAUUAACACUAUUCAGUCAGCAAUCAGUCAGGAGAUAUGAUAUGUAAGCCAAACGGCUUCCCCAGCCCUUGGAGGUCCGAGGCAUAUAUAAGUAGGAUAUAACUUACCAAGGAGGCUUACAUUCUGCUUUACAUCCAGCACCAACGGACUCAUCAUGGCUUCUGACACCAUAAGCACCUUCAACUACUUCCUCCCUCCACCUGACGGCUCUCGGCCCUAUAAUAGAGUCUACGCAGAUAGCACCACAGGAAAGCCGACACGCAACUGGGUCGACGACCCGCAUGAUAUGCAAGUUGGGGACGUGCGUGGAAAGGAAGAACUUUACAAGCUCGACAAUGCCGGAUUUCAGUAUGGGCGAGAAGCAGCGAAGCACACCAGCUUCUUAAAUAAUGAUGAGAUUGAGCGCGAAUACUACCCCGAGAGCAUCGACCUCAUCAAGAGGGUUACGGGAGCAUCCAAAAUUGUCAUCUUCGAUCACACUAUUCGUCGCCGUCGUCCAGGCGAGCUAGAUAAUCAUAACCCACAGAAACGUCAACCAGUCUCCCGGGUUCAUGUUGACCAAACGCCUACGGCGGCCACUGGCCGUGUUCAUAGGCAUCUCCCGCCAACAGAAGCUCCUUCCCUCCUCCGCAGACGCUUCCAAAUAAUAAACCUUUGGCGUCCCAUAUCACAUGCAGCUGUAGAUUGGCCGCUUGCACUAUGUGACUUCCGGAGUGUUGAUUUCGAGAAAGACUUGGUGCCUGUCGCUCAUGUAUACGCUGACCGUGAGGGUGAGACAUUUGGAGUCAAAUACAACCCAAACCAUCAGUGGAAAUACAUGAAGGCAAUGACCCCAGAAGAGUAUGUUCUUAUCAAAUGCUCUGACUCGAUAAAAGAUGGCAGCGUCGCGAUACUCACCCCUCAUACUGGCUUCCAAGACCCAAACACUCCAGAGGGAACCCCGCCUCGGGAAUCCAUCGAGCUGAGAGCUCUGGUAUUCUAUGAUUAGAACAUGUUUUGUCAAGUGGCGUUAAGAGUCAGCAAAGAAGUCGUAGCACUGGAUCUAGGUUAUUGCGCAAUUCAAGUGAGAAAUGAGUUCACUUUCUCAUGUUGGAUAUUGGAGGUACCU